CAAUUCUGUUUAGAGUUAAAAUUGGGCCUGGUUUCUUGUCUCUAAUUUCAGAGCUCCAGGGUAGCAGCUUCCAUCUGAAAAAGUUUUGUUAUUUGAUGAAGUUGAAACAGCACAUCGCAUUUAUUUUAAUGCGGAGAAUAACUUUAAGGAAGAAGAAUUAAAAUGGCUGCUGCCACUGUAAUGCAGUUUGUGGAAGAUGCAAAGCAGGAUAUCAAUUCUCCUAGCACAUCCGUGUUUCCGUCUAAAAUGGCGGCUUAUAAAAACAUGGUGUCCAAUUUGGACGAGGUUCUUGAUGCAGAUCGAAAUACCACUCAUAGAUUCAAAAAAUGUGUGAAGACUAUGCAUGCUUCUGCCCAAGCUUUUGUUGCCAAUGAACUAACUUAUGCAGAAAACAUGGAAAAACUUGGCUCGGGUGCCCUGUCAAGAGAAGCUGAAACUGGCAUUGGUACAGCCUUUCUGAAAUUCUCUGUGAUAACAAAGGAGCUUUCACAGAUGACAAAAACCUUGCAUGCUAAUUUCAGCAAUAUGGUUCUUUUCCCACUGGAAUCCCUUCUACGAGGCGACAUGAAGACGCUGAAUGAACUUAAGAAACCUUUCGACGACUCAUGGAGAGAACUGAAGGCGAAAGGGAGCAAAGUUGAGAAAGAAGCUAGGAAGAAAACCCAAGAGAUUGUCCUUUACAGAAUUGACCCGCCUGAGGCCUCAGAGGAAACAGGAAAAGAACGAAAAAUGUUUAUGUAUCAAACAUGUGAGUACUUGAUAAAGGCGAAUGAAGUCAAAAUCAAAAAAGGAGUUGAACUGGUUCAGCAUUUGAUCGAAUAUUACCACGCACAGUUACAGUAUUUUCAUUGUGGAAUGGAGUUACUUGAAAACAUGCGUGGCUAUUUCGAUGGACUUGCUGGAGAGCUGCAGCAGCUUCGAUCGCAGCAAGAUGAGGAGCGAAAAGUUUUACUGGAAUUAAAAACACUGCUAAAAGGCUCUAUGCAGGCUGAAAAAUCUGAGGGCGACAAAAAAACUGUUUACAAUCUUCAUGGACAGCAAGGGGAUCGAGAUCACGGGACAGAGAAAACAGGAACUCUGUUUAAAAGGAGCGAAGGGGUUAGAAAGCAGUGGCAAAAACGAUACGUCGUGGUGAAGAAUGGACAGUUUUCAAUGUCACACACUUCGACAAGUGCACGAACAGUUACCCUGAAUCUGAUGACUUGCCAAGCAAAGUAUUCAACAGAGAAAGAUACAAAGAAAAACGUUUUUGCUCUCGUCGCUCAGAACAGAACAUAUCUUUUUCAAGCUGAGGAUGAGAGCGAUUGUGAAGCGUGGAUAUCAGUGAUAACCAACGCACGAGACGAAGCUUUGAACAAAGCAUUUGGUGAUGGCGAUGAAUCAUUGUCCAAAGAUACCAGCUCUGUGGCAAGAAGUCUUAAAGAGCUUACCGAAAACAUUGUAGCAGAAGUUAAAAAGGUAGCCGAAAAUGAUAUUUGUGUCGACUGUGGUGCGGCAGACCCAACAUGGUUUUCCACAAAUCUUGGCGUGCUAGUAUGCAUAGAAUGUUCUGGGAUCCAUCGAGAGAUGGGCGUCCAUAUUUCAAGAAUCAGAUCUUUAACACUGGAUAAGUUAGGAACUUCAGAAUUGCUGCUGACGAAAGCCGUUGGAAAUGGUGGUUUUAACGAGAUUAUGGAAGCCGAUUUAGAUUUUGUUUUGAAGCCAACACCUACUAGUAAAAUGGAGCAAAGAAAAGAGUUUAUUCAUGCUAAAUAUAUUCAAAAGAAAUUUGUACACAAAACUGAGAGCCCGCCCGAAGUCUUACUACAGGAUUUGAACCAGGCUGUUGGGAAUAGAGAUAUCCUUGCUGUCUUACAGUUAUACGCACAAGGGGUUGAACUGUCGAAACCUUUGCCAGAUUAUAAACAUAAUGGCACUGCUUUACACCGUGCUGUUGAACAGGAGGAUCUUACAUCACUUCACUUAGUCGACUUUCUUACCCAAAACAGUAGUAAGAUCGAUGUUCAGAAUACGGAGGGGAACACAGCACUUCAUAUUGCGACUAUUCUAGAUAAACCAGAAUGUGUGAAGCUUCUGCUUCGUGGUGGCUGUAAAAGCAGUAUAGUUAAUAACGAAGGAAAGGUUUGUCUGUCAAUCGCCACUGAGAGAGGAUCAAAAGAAAUAAUUGAACUUCUAAAGGAUGUCCAAGAAGGGAAAAUACAGAGGCUCGAUAAUGUAAAAAUAGACUGGGGAAUUAAUCAGGCAGAUGAUAUUUACGAAGAUCCUCUCGAUCUAAUGAAUGACAUCAACCGGGUUAAAUCAGAGCUGGAAAAUGAGAAAAAUGCCGAGGUGGCAGAGAAGGGAGUGCCAGUUUUGCCGGUCGUUCCAGUUCCUUUGCAAAGCUCUAAAUCGCAAAAGGGAAAGUCUGGUGGUCCGGUGAGACGAUCUGAGAGUCUGAGUAGCCCUCCAAAGUCAAUGAUGAACUCGAAAACGAGUAAUGCGUCUUCACCAACAAUAGACAAGACCUUCGUCUACCCUGAUGCAGGUGACAAAAUGCCCGCCCGGCCACCACCCCCGCCCAGAAAAAGCGUCAAAGUGAAAGGAACGCCUGUUCUUCCAACAGCUGCUCCUACUCUACCUGCUAAAGAGCAGAAAGCAGAACCACCAGGUGCAAUUACAGCAGCAACGCUAUCCACUUUUGCUCCAAGAUCUUCGCAGACACAACCGAAUUCAAUACAGGAUAAAAGUCCGCCACCUCCAAUGCCUCCAGCGCGCACGUCCUCUUCUUUGCCACGCCCGGACAGACCAGUUGCUCCUCCGCAAGUUCAUCGUCGACACCAAAGGAAUGCCUCCGAUGGUGGUAUUAUUGAUGCUUUGAAUACCGUACUUGGACAGCAACAGCAACAACAACAAAUAAAAGUGAAGCAAAAAGAAACAUACGAAGAGAUUCCUGAAUUGAAGCCCGUGCCAUCCUCAACACCGAGUGCGAAAGUUGAUUUGCCACCACCGCGUCCACCACCUCGUCAGAAGCCAAGUACCCUACCCGCUCCUGAGCCCAAAGAAGCAAAGCCGUCUGAGGCCUCUCCUCCUAGUUCAGGCCAAGCACCCGAGGUCACUCCAGCCACACCUCCGCGUGAACCGAUGAUGGAUAAAAAACAGGACAGUAAGUCUAAACAAAAAAGAGCAAGAGCUUUAUAUGAUUGUGAGGCUGAUCAUGAUGAUGAACUGGAAUUCGUCGAAGGAGAUACGAUAAUAAUCAUAGGCGAAGCCGACCCGGAGUGGCUGUAUGGUGAAGUUGAAGGAAAGCCAGGCCGAAGGGGAGUGUUUCCAAUAAAUUUUGUUCAUAUAUUGACUAACUGAGGCUAAAUUAGACUUAUGCCCAGGAGCAUGUCACACUUCUAGAUUCAAAAAUUUGAAAAAUGUAUAUUUAAUCAACACAAGGCAAGCUCAAAAUUUUCGAUUGUCUUACCCAUGGCUAUUUAAGAUGUUUAACGAAAAGCAACCCACUUUUUAAUUCAAGUCAAUUGCAAAUUUGGUAUGGGCUUUUGCAUUGUAAUUGAAGACAGUAUCGCAUGGAAUAGUAUGCUUAUUUUGACUAUCUUGGAUUUCGUUAGUUUAAUGUCCCAUGACUGAUCGUUAGAAAUAAGAAGCCCUGGCAGAGUUGUCUUGAUUAAUGGCAGCGAAGCAAUUUGCUAUUUAUUUCAAUCUGAUAAAGUUCUUCAUUUGCGCUACGAUAAAGUCGACUGUAUCCAACUCUUCUAAAUUUUUUCUUUUAGAAGCAAUUUUAAAAAUUGCCUUAAUUCUAAUUUUGAGCUUGUCUCUUCAAAUAAAUUGAUAAAAUUUUUAGAUAAAUGUCGUGAAUUAUAACAGUCAAAGACUCACUUUCUUCUACGAACGUAAAGAGAAAAUCACCAUAAAGUCAUGGUGGAUGCAUCCUGCGAUUUGUGAAAAUUUCCCUUAACGAAUCACUCACCUUAUGACGUCAUGGCCACCAAUGAUGCAUUACCUUAGCUUUGUUUAUAUCCACACAUUUCGAUUUCUAGGACAUUUAGAAUGCUAAUAGCUAAGGCUUAAUUUAGUUUUAAAGAUAUCAUUUUUCUUCUUGAUUUAAGAUCAAGUAAAAACAUUGGAAACUUUGAAGCCAUUCUGCAUUAUAGUUGUCUGUUUUCACCUUUUGUAGAUUGUUAAAAUUCGUUUUUAUAGCUCAUUUUUUAGUUUUUCAGUGCUCGUGUAUACGUUUUUGCUAUCAAAAUUCCUUGAUCGAUCACUUAGUUAUCAUAAUAGUUUAGUCAAUGAUAUCAAUCGAUCAAUCACUUCAUAUCGAUUAAUCAGCUAAUCGGUUAUUUACUUCGAUUUUCAUACAGAAUUCAGAAAGAUUCGAAAAGCUAUUUUCAGACUUAAAGCUUGAAUGUGUUUUGCAUUCAGUAGUUUGUCCUGUUCUUUAACAAAUUUUUGUCACUUUUUGCCUUGUAACUGGAAAAAGUUAUAUGAAUGGAACAGUUUGUAUAUGCCGGUCGAUCAAUGUAAAUAAAUAUAUUAUUUGGUUACUCUAAUGAUAAGAAACUAGAGAAAAAGAGGAACAAUGAAUUGAACAAGAUUAUGUCGAAAAAACACUUUAAUUACCCUGAUCCCAUCAAUUAGACUUGUUUCAUAUGAGUUAAAGUUUGUAACUGCCUCUUGUAAAUGCCACCAGUUUCUGAGGCAUAAAAUUAUCCUUGAAUAAGCGUCCUUCUAAUUUAAUUAUCAUCUGCAGACCCAUUUAAACUGCAGUUAAUUAUUUCUUUGAUUGUCACCCAACCAAUCCCCCCGCCCCCCCCCCACCCCAUAUUUUUUAUUCUCAGUUUUUCUUGUUAGGUUUCAGUUUGUUUCAAAGGCUUCGUAUAUCAAACAGGUUUUCGAAUCACGAUUAAGGGCAAGAGGAUAAGAGAAACUUAUUUGUCAGCUGGAAAUUAUUUUUCUACCGCGUUUAUGUGUAUGUUAAGCUCUCGAUAUAUCUCUAUCAUUCGUCAAUCAAUAUUUGUUUCUCUUUGUAAAUAUGACAUCGUAAUAAUUUUAUAAA